UGCAUAUCUGUGGUCGACAGCGGGUGUAGUAGUUGUCGUGACUUUCAAUUCUUAUUUAUUGUAAAAGUUUUGUGUAUUAUUAACACAUAUCUGGCUUUUAUUACAAAUUAACUGAUAAACACACAUUACAAUGCCGAAAUAUUCAGUAAAAGUGAAAUGGGGCAAGGAGAUGUUUCCGGGAGUGGAGGUGAACACAGAUGAUGACCCUGUCCUGUUUAAGGCCCAAAUCUUUGCCUUGACGGGUGUGCAGCCCGAGAGGCAGAAGGUUGUGUGCAAGGGGGUUACUCUGCGGGAUGAGGAGUGGGGCAACUUUAAGCUAGUUAAUAAUGCCAUAGUUCUAGUGAUGGGCAGCAAGGAGGAGGACGUGCCUUCAGCUCCGGUGGAACAGACCAAGUUUGUUGAGGACAUGAAUGAGUCGGAGCUGGCUAGCGCUCUGGACCUCCCUGAAGGACUGAUAAACUUGGGCAACACCUGCUACAUGAACGCGACCGUGCAAUGUCUUAAGACUGUUCCAGAACUGAGGAACGCACUCCUAAAUUAUAACAAAAACAGCGGCGGCGGCACGGCGGGCGAGCUGACGGCGGCGCUGUCGGACACGGUGGCGGCGCUGGAGGGGGGAGGGGCGGGCGCGUGCGCGGGCGCGGCGGCGCGCAUGCUGCGCGCGCUGCACAACACCGCGCCGCGCUUCGCCGAGCGCGCGCCCGGCGGACAUCUCGCGCAACAGGAUGCCUCCGAGUGUUGGACGGAGAUCGUGCGCGCGCUGCAGCAGCGCCUCCCCGUGUCGGCGCCGCCGCCGGUUCACGUCGACAGGGCAUCAGUGGUGGAGCAGUACUUCGGCGGCACGUUGGACGUGGAGCUGGUGUGCUCGGAGGCGGAGGAGGCGCCCACCAAGGCGCGCGAGACCUUCCUGCAGCUGUCCUGCUUCAUCUCGCAGGACGUCAAGUACCUGCAGUCGGGGCUGCGCUCGAAAAUGUCAGAGCAAAUCACAAAACUAUCAGAAACGCUGGGGAGAGAUGCGAUCUACACAAAAACGUCAAAAAUCAGCCGUCUCCCAGCAUACCUGACAGUGCAGUUCAUCCGGUUCUACUUCAAAGAGAAGGAGUCGAUCUACGCCAAGAUUCUCAAGGACGUCAAGUUUCCCGUCGAGUUGGAUGUGUACGAGUUGUGCACACCAGAGCUGCAGGAGAGGCUCAUGCCGAUGAGGAAUAAGUUCAAGGAACUAGAAGACGCGUCAGUGGAGUCGUCGUUACACGGGAAGAACAAGAACCACGGCGACAGCAAAAAGGACUCCAGACCUAAGAAAGCACUGCCAUAUUGGUUUGACGAUGACGUAGGCAGCAACAACAGCGGGUACUACCGUCUCCAAGCCGUGUUGACGCACAAGGGCCGCUCGGCAACCAGCGGUCACUACGUGGCCUGGGUGCUGCGUGGCAACACGUGGCUCCGCUGUGACGACGACGCUGUCACGCCCGUGUCCGAGGAGGAGGUGCUCAAGCUCAGCGGGGGAGGUGACUGGCACUGCGCCUACCUGCUCCUGUACGGGCCCAAGAUCUGCGAGAUCCCGGAGCCCGAGGAGCCCAUGCUCACCGAGGUCACUGAGGACCCCGUGCCGCCCGGACCCACCGCGCAGGCCUAG